CCUUCGCAGACCCUCAGUAACCUGUGGGACACAACUCUCACUCAACUGGUAUACAGUCCACGACCCAACGUCAAUGUUGUGGCUCCUCACAUGCUCCGCCUCCUUUUACAUGCUCCGCCUCACUCUAUAAUUUCUGCAGAUUCGGGUUUGAACCCCGCACGUCUGUUGACUUUGCCAACUCCUCUGCGCACAUUUUGGACCAUGCACUACCUCCUUGACCGUCUACAGAACCAAACGGAGGUUGCUGAGUCUCGUUCAACCACCCUAGCUGGGGGCAAGUACAGCGAUGGCCUCCUCGUAGUUUCUGUCUCGGGCCCCUUCUAUGCACUCUUGGGCGCCUUCCGGAGUCUUCUGGAAGUGGACAGCAUCGAAGGACAGGCAGCAGCGUGGCUUUUCGAGAAUCCAGGAACGGCCUCACUACCACUUGAUCGAAAGAAUAUUUUCGACCGGUUCCUCGCUCUCGUUCCCCGAAUUGCCGGCCUCUGUGCAGCCGUUGUCUUUCACACCUCGCCUGAGGGCGUUCUUGUUGCUCCGGACAACUUUGGAGAGUUGGUGACCCUUGUGGCCGACAAAACCGUGGCGGCGGUCACCGAUACCUGUGACUCACACCCCAAAGAUGACACCCCGAGGUCUUCCAAACCGCGAGCAUCGGUCGAUUGGGAGGCCUGUGUUCGUCGCGUAAUGGCUGAACCGGAGUACCUUGUCGUCUGUUGUUGGCGCUCAGUCCGCGAGCUGUCCGCUAUCCUUGGCGGCCCACUGAUCCGCUGCGGCUGUCAUCUGUCGCGUUCAAAGUUCGAACAGGUGUCUGCCUCACAGUGGCUUACUGUGCACCAUCUCCAAGAUAUCGCGGACUUCUUCAUUAGUCAGUUGAUGAUGUCAAGGCACCCCGGCGCGUUCGAACUGACAGCUUCUGGGUUUGAAAACUUUUGUGACAUCCUUCUGAGUCUGCCUAAACUGCAAGUUGAAAAGUGGCCAGAGCGAUGGCUAUCUAUCAUGGUCGCUGAUUUGACCGGAGUUGAGGUCCUGCCUCCGCCUGUAUGUCCUACUACACCAACCGGUUCGACUUCGCUCGAGAGUUCUGCAGACUCGGACGCAGUUCUUUUGCGCUACCUUGGCAAUAAUUCAUCUAAGAUUUACUGUGCAACACGGCGAUCUGCCGGGCUCCCAUUUUUUAUACAGGCGCUGCUUGUGGUCCUUCACAAGGCGCACAAGGCCCCUAACCUGCUUUCCACCGUCGUUUCUGCCCUUUUGACAGUCGUACAAUGUAGUUCUGAGUCGAAUAUUCAGAAGACGGGUAUCUCGAGCUCCAGUGCCACUCUCUCCGCAGCCGAGCGGCGUCUUCAUGCUACUAACGUGCUCCGCUUCCUCGUUCGCGACGCAACUGUCGGUCCAAAUCUUUCGGAUUAUCUUGAAGCAAUUUUGAAGUGUGCCAUUCAGGGACUGGACUCAUCGAUCUGGAUGAUCCGCAACUCCUCCCUCAUGCUGUAUAGCACCAUGAUGGAGCGCAUUUUUGGUGUGAAUCGCACGCGUGACUGCGAGAGCAAAAAGAACAGAAUGUCAUCCUCGGUAUUCUUUGCCAAGUUCCCUGGAAUGCGGACCUUCCUGCUCCAGUCGUUUGAAGAGUCCCUUCAAGGCAUCCGGUAUGUAGUUCGUUAA